AUGCUGUUGCACGCGACGAAGGCGCACGCCGAAGCCGAUGGUAUCGUCCGAUGCGUCGUCGAAGAAUGGGUGCAAGCAACGCGCCGUCAUCGUUACCUUCUGGAGUACGUCUUGAGCGCUCUUGACCAAAGGCCCUCGACGUUCCUCGGAAAGUGGCUCCUUGGCCACUUUCCGAGCAACGCCGGCGCGUUCCUCACGCGAACGUGGCAACCUCUUCUCGAUGAACUCUCAGACGACCUGUGCACAUUGACCGAUGGCGAUACCGACGCUGAGUCGCUCGACGACCUCCGUCAGCGCGCGGAUCAUAUCAAAGCCGCAUCUCCUGUCCUGGAGGUGCUAUCCAUUACGACUUUCCCCGAAUCCGGUCCGGCACCAUACACGCGAGGGUAUUCCAACAGUCCUGAGGACAUGCUCCUUGAGGUCGCCGGCGACGAUGACGACGACGACGACGACAAUAAGUCCCUAGGCGUGAAUGUCGUGCCAAAGCCCAAGUCGCAGAGAGAGAACAAGCAGAAACGUGGGAAACGACCGCACCAGAAAGCCAUCGACCAGGGACCGAACCUGACAGCGUCGGAGCUGGCCGCAUUUCGCGAGUUAGGGGUAUCCGUGCCGCAGAACCGUAAGGAGGCAGAUGCGUUGAGUCGAGGCGUGCUAGAAGAACUCAAGCAAUCACUCACGUGGUAUCUCGAGAUCGUACGCUUUCCUCAAACACGCGACGCCCUCCUCGGUGCGAUCAAUGAAGCGUUGUUGAAUCCGCAUCAGCCCGAAUCCACCGCGAACACCGAUGCGCGCAUGGUUCCGUCGGAGUUCACUCGCACGGAUAUUGCAAACAAACCUGAAACGCCAGUUCCGUACCCGAUGAUGCAGCCAAUGAAGGCCGCGCUCUACCUCGAUAGCGUCAAGGUUUUCGGCGAGUGGCGCAUUUUGGUGUCGUCAGGGGCCGUGAAGAAGCUGCGUGAGACGAGAGUAGAGGACUGGGAGACUUUCAGGGUCAUUGCCAAGAAGAUCAAGGAGUUGUCGACGGGGAAUUUUACCGAGGACAACCAGAAACGUCUGAACGACCCGGAUAUCGAAAUCCCUAUUUACAAAGCGGAGACGACAAGGGGUCCGUGUCUCGUUUAUCAAAUCGACUGCGUUCCUGAGUUCUGUACCGACGGCGAGCAUCAAGUGAUCAAAGUCUUUGAGAUAUGCACGCAUGCUCAGCCGGACCGAUGGUUUUGGAACUUGGCCGGCAGCCAGCUGGCGAAGAAAGGCGGAAGAGAGUACAUAGACAGAUGUACGUAUCGCGUGAAACCGAUGACGAAGGGAGGCCACAAGUAUAUGCCACCCUCGUUCUCCGCUCCCGAGGCCAUAGUUACGUCGCUGGUUCAUGAGCUACCCAACAUUGAGGAAAAGGUCCUGGGGAAGUUGCAUGAGAUACUGGUUUUGGAGAAGUUUGUGGCGUUCUCGCAGGCUCUCCUUAACAGCAUCCUGGCGAAUCGGGAUGUUGUACAUCCUUUUGCGGUCAGUUCCCAAGAACAGGAGAUAAUCGAACAUCCGUACUCUUGCUAUGUCAUUGGUCGUAGUGGUACAGGGAAGACCACUACCAUGCUCCUCAAGAUUCUUGGGCUCGAGAGAAUGUGGCACUUGCACAAAGAAUCUAUGUCUCGACCGCGCCAAGUCUUCGUCACUCAAUCGCGCGUCCUCGCCACGAAGGUGGAAGAAAACUUGCGGAAUAUGUUGAAUUCCCUUGCUGUGGGUGCCCAACCAGCCAAGGAGCUGGAAAAGCUCUCCGCUAUCUGUGCAGGGUACGAUCAUGAUCUCGUCGACAUCGAUGACGAAGAAAAUUGGAGGGGCGAUCUUCCUAAGCGCUUCAGCGAGCUUGGCGACGAGCAUUUUCCCUUGAUCAUUACCUAUGAUAAGUUGUGUAAGCUGCUCGAAGCCGACUUCAACUCGGAACUGCAGGACACUAUCCCCAGGCUAGUGGACGAGAAACAGACACGCUCCAGCAAACACAUGCUGUCGAAACGAAAUUCGCUUGUCUCUUAUCAUGUCUUUCUGGGGUCUUACUGGUCCCAUUUUCCACAGUCCUUGACUAAGGGUCUUGACCCUGCAUUGGUUUUUAGCGAGUUUCUGGGGAUUAUCAAAGGGUCUGAGCAGACCGUUCUGAAUGAACGCUCAAGCCUCGACCUCACCACCUACGAGAAUCUCACUGGUUGGUCGCAGUCCACGUUCGCUCGUCACCGCAGGAGAAUAUACUCUCUUUUUGAAGCGUACACAAAGCGGCGUGUUCAGCUUGGGCAGUAUGAUGCCACAGAUCGAAUGCAGCACCUCCUUGCUGCGCUACAGAAACAGAAGGAUGAUUUCAAGAAAUUUCAUUAUCUCUACGUGGAUGAAGUGCAGGACAAUCUCCUGAUUGACGUACUACUGUUACGCAUGUUAUGUUCAAACUCUGACGGACUAUUCUUCGCUGGGGACAUGGCUCAAAUCAUUUCUGUCAGGAGCGCCUUCAAGUUUAAUGAUCUGAAGGCAUUCAUGUACCGAGUCGAGGAACGCAGUCGAGCGGCGGCAAAUCGCGUCGCACUAGCAUCCGCAAUGCAACCCAGGUCGUUCCAGUUACUCGUGAACUAUCGAUCACACGGGGGUAUCGUCAAAUGUGCAUCGUCAAUCAUCCGCAUUAUUACGGAACUUUGGCCGUACGCCAUUGACGUGCUGGAGGAGGAACACGGUGUCAUUGACGGCCUGAAACCCAUCUUCUUCCACAAGUCGGAAGAUGAUACAGUUCAUUACGAGCAGUUCCUUUUUGGUGACUCCCGCGCACCCAUAGAGUUUGGUGCCCAACAAUGUAUCCUCGUUCGUGAUGACGCUGCGAGAGACAAACUGCGCACUCGCGCCGGUGAUGUUGGGUUGAUCAUGACAAUACCUGAGUCCAAGGGUUUGGAGUUCAACGAUGUUCUUCUCUACAACUUCUUCGAAGACUCAACUGUGGAUGCGGCUCGAUGGCGCGUCAUCCUCAAUGCUGUGGACCCCUAUGCGCUCCACAACGUAGCUGUUCCAUGUUUCGACGAGAUAAAGCACGCAGGAGUCUGCAUGGAGCUUAAGUUUCUCUACGUGGCAGUCACUAGAGCCCGAAAAAAACUUUGGGUUGUUGACUGCUCAGAGCGCCGGGAGCCUAUGAGGCUGCUGUGGACUAGUCGCAAUCUCGUACAAAUCCGUGCUCCUAGUACCGUAGAGCGGCUUGCCAAUUCGUCAACAGCAGAGGAGUGGGCGACAACUGCUAAGGAGCUUUUCAGCAAUAAACGCUAUAUGCAGGCCACGUAUGCUUAUGAGCGAGCAAAUAUGCACCGAGAAGCCUCAGUCUCGCGUGCGUAUCACCUCCGGGACACUGCUCGCACGACGCCCAGCGAGAACCAGAAACCUACUAAUUUGAGGGAGGAGGCAUUUGCUGAAGCGGCACGCGCAUUCACGAGCUGCGCCAAGAAAGCCACCAAGGACUCGGAAAAGCUCGCAUAUUUCAAAGUAGCUGGGUCGUGUUUUGGCGAGGCAGAUGACGACGCCAGUGCGGCGAAGGCAUAUCGACAUGCUCAAGAAUUUACCCUUGCUGCCCAGCAUUUCCGAUAUGCCGGUCUGUUCGACGACGCAGUCAGUGUUAUACAAGAUCCCAAUGCGAGGGUGCUGCCAGCUGUCGCAGAGAAGAUAGUGAACGUUGCAAAAAUACACUACUUCGAGAUGGAUGAACUCGACAAAGCGGCCCAGCUUUUUGACUCAGAGGAAGAUAAACUCGAGUUUGUUGAGGAUUUCGGGUUUGAUACAGCUCGCGCACAGCUACUGGAGUCAAGCAGUAGGGUCAUCGAGGCUGCAGAAUUACAUCUUAUCGAAGGUCGUCCCUUGGACGCCAUUCGUCUUUUGACAUCCGAUCCUGACAAUCGUGGAGCUCUUACGCGAGCUGCGACGUGUCUCGUUCAGAAUCUAUGGUCCUCGUCACCAUUCGGAGCCUUCUCCGUUACAAAAGAGCCAGGACAGAUGUUAUCGCAGUUCCUAUCCUUAAGCGCAGGUUUAAACAUGUCGGUCAUUGAUGAACAGCAAGCUGAUGAGCUAUCUAUGUUCCAUGCGUUCGCAAACUCGGACAAGGCUCGGCUCCAGCAACUCGCUCACAAAAGGCUAUCGCCUCCGACGUUUGUCCGCCUUGCAAAACUUCUUGGCCUAUGCUCGACUCCUUCGUGA